CUGAACAAGCUGGAGGAGGCAGCAAAUGCAGCUCACACCUUCUUUAUGGCAAACCCUGAGCACAUGGAGAUACAGCAGGACAUCGAGAACUACAAGACCACGGCAGGGAAGGUCAGCUUGGUUGACCGGGAGGCCAAGCAGCACAUGGAGGACUACAGUGCCGGAGUAAGGCACUAUGACAAAGAGGAGUAUGAGCUGGCCAUUGACUUCCUGGAGCGUGCUUUGAAAGGGUACUACUCCGAGGAUGAAGAUUGUCAGAUCAUGUGUGAGGGACCACAGAGAUUUGAGGAGCACGAGUACCUGGAAUAUAAGGCUGGCCUCUAUGAAGCUAUUGCAGAUCACUACAUGCAAGUCCUGGCCUGCAAACACGACUGCGUCCGAGAGCUCGCCACGCGUUCGGGCCGUAUCUCGCCCAUCGAAAAUUUUCUUCCCCUCCACUAUGACUACUUGCAGUUUGCCUAUUACAGAGUUGGUGACUACGUAAAAGCCCUGGAGUGUGCCAAGUCCUACCUCCUCUUCCACCCGGACGAUGAAGAUGUCUUGGAGAAUGCAGGUUAUUAUGAGGGCCUCUUGGAAGGUACGAUGGAUCCAGAUACCAUCAAACCCAGAAAGGAAGCAAAAACGUUGCUGCGGCGCCAUAAGCUGGAAUCUCACCUCUUGCAGGUGGCUGCGGCCGGCCUUGGAUACACCUACACGGAGCCGAACUACUGGAACAGGUACGGCGCCCGCCAGGAUGAGCACAGUGUCCCAUCAAGUAUUAGCAGUGAACCAGAGGAUGGGCCGCGGCUGUCCCUGGCAAAGAAACCCAUGCCAAAACCAGAUCGAGAGUUGAGGGAAGGAGGUCCACUUCUCUACAGUGACGUGAAAUUUGUCUACAACUCACAGCAGCUGAACGGCACCCAGCGAGUGCUACUGGAUAACGUCAUCUCAGAGGAGCAGUGCCGAGAGCUUCACAGGGUGGCCAAUGGGAUCAUGUUAGCUGGAGACGGUUACAGGGGCAAAACCUCCCCCCACACUCCGAACGAGAGAUUUGAAGGAGCCACCGUCCUCAAAGCCCUCAAGUAUGGCUAUGAAGGCCGUGUCCCGCUGAAGAGCGCCCGCCUCUUCUACGACAUCAGCGAGAAGGCUCGCAGGAUCGUCGAGUCCUACUUCAUGCUGAACUCCACACUCUACUUCUCCUACACCCACCUGGUGUGCCGUACCGCGCUCUCUGGCCAGCAGGAGAGAAGGAACGACCUGAGCCACCCCAUCCAUGCUGACAACUGCCUCUUGGACCCUGAGGCCAAUGAGUGCUGGAAGGAGCCUCCUGCCUACACCUUUCGGGAUUACAGUGCACUCCUGUACAUGAAUGCUGAUUUCGAAGGAGGAGAGUUCAUUUUCACUGAGAUGGAUGCCAAAACUGUGACAGCCUCCAUCAAGCCCAAGUGUGGGCGAAUGAUCAGCUUUUCAUCGGGUGGUGAGAACCCCCAUGGCGUGAAGGCGGUCACCAAAGGCCAGCGGUGCGCCGUGGCUCUCUGGUUCACCUUGGACCCACUUUACAGAGAGUUGGAGCGAAUCCAGGCAGAUGAAGUGAUCGCAAUGUUGGACCAGGAGCAUCUAGGACCCAGUGAAAUGAGUAUCAACCCAAAGGAUGAGCUAUGAACUAGGCCAAAGACUUUUUCUAUUAAAUAUUUAUUUAAUAUUGUUAAUCUUAUUAGAACCCUUCUAUUUUUGUACAGAGCUGCUGUAUAAAUUA